AUGACAACAAAUAAAAGUAAUGGUAAUUUAGUUAAACUUUGUAUAAUGGGUGAUGGUGGUGUUGGUAAAACAUCAGUAACAAUUCAAUUUAUUUCAAAUCAUUUUGUACAUUAUUAUGAUCCAACAAUUGAAGAUUCAUAUCGUAAACAAUGUUUAAUAGAUGAUCAAGUUUAUAUGUUAGAUAUAUUAGAUACAGCAGGUCAAGAUGAAUUAACCGCUAUGAGAGACCAAUGGAUUAGAUCUUGUGAAGGUUUCAUAUUGGUUUACUCAGUAACAUCAAGAUCAUCAUUUGACCAAGUUCAAUUCUUUAGAGAACAAAUUAUCCGUGUAUUAGAUAGAGAUGAUGUACCAAUUAUGAUGAUUGGUAAUAAAUCAGAUUUAGAUGAUGAAAGACAAGUUACAUUUCAAGAAGGUAAAGAUUUAGCACGUUGUUUAGGUAUGUCAUUCAUGGAAGUCUCUGCUAAAACCAGACUUAAUGUUGAAGAAGUUUUCAAUGAAACAGUUCGUUGUGUAAAAAGAAGAGAAGAAUCAUUAUUAAAAAAAGAUAAUUCAAAAGAUGGUAAAGGUGAUCACUCUAAAAAAUCUUCAAUCUUUAAAAAAUUAAAUCAAAAAGUAAAUGGUGCCAAAAUAUCAAUUUGUAAAAUGAUGUAA